CUGCGGCGCCGACCGCUGGCGAGGCCGUCGGCACGUGGUCGUCUCUGCGAGGACGCGCGCGGCUUUCGUAUCUGACGUCACAGCAGGUGUUUUCCACCGACGUCACGUCACUAACUGUGUUGCUUUACGCCUGACGUGUGGCGAGCGUAUGCAGGCAGGCGGUAGAACACCGAAAUGACGCUCUCGAGCGGACACGGCGGUUUUCUGACGAGUUCUGACUGAUAGAGAACGAGUCACUCCUCCAUUGUUCUGCUUCUGACAUGUGGCCGCGUGACGCCCUUCUGGUUGUUGGGCUGCUCGGGAGCGUCACCCCUGCUCCAGGUGGUCGGUGGCCCAGGCACCAGGAGAGGUGUGGUGCCCCACUUCUCGUCGCCGCUUUCGUCAAUGACACCUCCCACCUGGAGAGCGGGGAGUUGUCACGCCUGGCCGCGGUGGUGCGCUGCUGUCGGCUCGCAGCCCCCACCAUCCGCCACCAGCAGGGUGCGACGCUAGGCGGCGCCGACCUCUCCGCCUCAACCGCCGCCGCCGCCGUGUGGAGGCAUUGCGACCCGCGCAGGCCCGCCAACCUCACAGACGCGUCGCCGCCGACGAUAGUGGUGCGCGCGUUGGCAGAGGCGGCGUCGCUGCAGCCGUGGGGCGGCGUCUCCGUGCGGCCCGGCGCCGGGCUGCGCCUCGACUGCGUCUUCCCACGAGACCGGGGGCGGCCCGGCUGGACGUGGACUUCCAGCCCGAGGCAGUACCUCACAGGUUGGGCGGUGACGGCGUCGGAGCGCUCCUGGAAGUACCGGCUGGCAUUGCACCGCAGCGAGUCCUCAGACACGGGCCUCUACACCUGCUCCACGCCACGCGGACUCACCAGCAGCGUCGCCGUUGCCGUCACAGGAGAGCCGCUGUCCCCGCACGAGACGUACCUGGGCGGCAGCUACGAGGACGGUGACCUGCGGCAGAGGGCGGGGGCGGGGGCGCCCCUGAGGGCGCGCUCCCGGCGGAGGCGUGGCCACCCCCGGGGCCGGCGGAGGCGGCGACCCUGGCUCCGCGACGCACCACCUGCCGCCCACUGGCGCGACUGAGCCAACGGGCAGCGGCGGCUCUCGCUGGCGGAGCCAAAGACGGACAGAGUGGCCAUGUGCAUCCCUGUGUUAACACACCGUGCUGAGCACACCGAGAACAAGGCGGUACUGUGUGGUUGACGUUAAUACGUGAAGGUAACCAGUAAGAACCCAGACGUUAUAAGAAACUACUAACAUCGCCAUGUUGAUGGUAAGUCCCGGAGACUACUUGAAAAGGAUUACUCCACAACACAUUUCACAAGCAAUCACUACAGACAUUAACACAAUAAAGACGUAAAUUCUUCUCUUGGUGUCGGAAGAAUCCAACGGUGAACCGGCUCCAUUUGGAGAAGGUGCAGAACGUAAAACUGCGAUUACUGCGUUGCACUCACCGCUUACUGGCGAGUGUGGGGUUUUAUUUGACGUACUCCUCUAAGCACGUACAUUUGCAAAACCAGAAAUGAAGUAGCAUUUCCGAGUGAUGUAACAUUUGUGUUCACUUGUGAAUACGUUAACGUAAGGCGAGUCUUGUCCUAGUUCAGAGAAAGUUUUAUUUUUCACUCUUUCUGUUUCUUUAAACACGUAAACAUUGUUUAGGGAUUUGUGGUUUAUAACUUAUUCGUGUAGCACCAGUCGAGGUAUCGCGUUCUUCGUAUGGUAUUAAAGAUUAGAAAAAGUGUACUAUCUAUACAAGUUAAAUUCGUUCGUUAUAUAGCUUCAAUAUGUUAAAGGAUUCGGUCUCGCCAUUAGGGGAGUCACACAUUGUUACUGUCUCCUACUCGCCGUAACACCCCCUCCCCCUCCAAUCGCGCCACAAAUACCUACAAUUUUAGUAACGCCAGUAACAAAACAGUCAAAGUUUUGUAAGAUGCUGGUUGUUUAUAAAAUAAUUUUACAAACUUUUGGGUAGGUUCCUUACAUCAAGAGAAGAAAGUAUCAGAGGUAUGAGCGCUUGUUCACCUUUGCUACAGUGAGACUCAUGUCUUCUGCUGAAGUGCUCAUAGCUUCUGAGGUAUGCAUUUUGGAGCUCAUGUUGACUGGACACUAUCUUCUUCUUUUUAGCCCAUACUACCUCCUCCCAAAACAUGGAAAGCAAUGAACUGCGGUAGAAGAAAUGUGUUCCACAACAUCGAAGAUGAACAAGCGCUCAAGUUCUUUUUUUAAUGAACACACCGCCGUCAUAAAUUAUGACCAAUUUUGAGAUUGAUGCCGUGCAAUGUAUGUUAAUGACAUAAAGGCAGUCACCUGAAAAUGGCAUAAAGGCUGAAUGAAACCUGAGUCGUAAUGAAAUAAACAAGAAUACAAUCAAAAUGCGAUGUUCCAAUUUAAAAAGUAUUGUAUGGCUGUUGCUCAGCAACAUCAAAAUCUAUUUAAGCGCUCAGUAUUUCUUAAGGUGUGCAUUUGAGAGCUCAUGUUUACUAGACACUAUUUUUCUGGUUUUGGUGUAAGGAACCAGCUUCGAAGAUUGUAAAAGAAUUUUGGAAACACCCUGUUUAUAACGGGUCAGGUAUUUAAAAUUGUUUUUGGAAAUAUAUGGAAAACAACAAAUCGUAUUAAAUAAGAGGUGGCGAUAAAAGCCGUUCUUUUUGAAGGAGGACAUCCAAUGACACUAAACUCGAACUUCCUGCUCCACCCGCAGGUGCUAGGGAGCAACUUAAUAUCUUAAACAGGAUCCCACUAUUUUAUUGCGGAUUCGUAUUAUCCGGCGAAAGAAUCCUGACUUUCUUCUUUAACAUUUUAUCGUUGCGUGGUAGAUGGGCCUGUAGUAGACAAAAAUUAAAACGGGAUGAAAACCGUUGAAGAAUGAUAAUAUCUCCAGGAUAUCAGGAACUUAGAGAGACUGUUGUUCUAAAAUAUUUAAUGAGAAACAUGUUUUUGUAGCAAAGAACUUGAUUCUCCAGAUCAUAAUACAUUAUUUUCUCCGCAUUGUUACUUUGUUUUUCAGAUGAUACUCAACUUACCUUAAUCGCUAGGAAUCCUCCACUGAAAGGCCGAUUCAACUGACCACGAUUCAUCAUAGAAAAGUAUCUAUGAAAUAAAAUCAUCAGAGGCUGCUAGAAUUUGUUCCAUCCAAUUGCAAAAAUUCAAAUAAGCUGAAAAGCUUGUAAGGGUGUAGAAGUGUAGAUUCUGCUGAGGAAUAACUGAUAAAGAAAAAUCGAGACACUGCCCCAUUUCUGAGUUAUCUGGUAUUUAGUUUAGCCAAUCAGGCCGUUGCGCCCGCAAAUUCAACAGCCCGCGUGAGACGAUGUCGCCAGAAGUGUUCAUCGUUUGAUUUCCUAAAACCGAAAAAGAGAACGAUACAGAAAUUUGACAUGGGACGGUAGUAAGGAUCGAACACGUAACAAAGGCUGAGUUGUCUGGUCCGCUAUCACCUACUCUGUAGAAACAAAGAAAUGGAUCUAAUGGCUCUGAGCACUAUGGGACUUAAUAUCUGAGGUCAUCAGUCCCCUAGAACUUAGAACUACCUAAACCGAACUAACCUAAGGACCUCACACACAUCCAUGCCCGAGGCAAGAUUCGAACCUACGACCGUAGCAGUCGUGUGGUUCCGGACUGAAGCGCCGAGAACCGCUCGGCCACCGCAGCCGGCUCUGUGGGGAAGACUGACACUAAUUGUAUCUCGCGGGCCACUUGGGUUUGCACUGCGCAGCGGCCUGAUCGGCUGACUCCUAUGCUAAUUAACUUGGAAACGGCGCGACGUACCGAAAUUUUUCUUAACAACAGCCUGAGAACCUCUUCAGAUUUUUUUUUGACCGUCCUGUACAUUCACAUCAGCAACAUCAGUACCCAGUACAUCACUUUAGCAUCAUAUCCAAAAAAAUUCAAGUUCCGAGCAACACAACACUUCAAAAGCAUUCUUCCGAAAUUUUGAGAAGAACGGGUGUCACGUAAGUAAUUUAACAACUGUAAUAGUAACGAACUCUCGCCGCUUUGACACUCUCAUGAUUUACUCAAUGUAAAAUUGGUUUUCAGUAUUUCACUUAGCACUACAGCUGGACUAUGAUUAUAUGAGUGUAUAAAUGAAGGGAAUACAGUUUAUUUCAAUAAUUUUUUCCCAGGUUUGGAAAGUCAGUCUUUGAGCUAUAUUUCUUUCUUAGCGGAGAGUGUCUCCCUUGCUAUCUUAUCUCAUUCAACAUUCUGUCGUUUGUACGUUUUACUAGUGGACUUGGCAAAGAUGUCGGGUUUUUUGGUGCUAGUAGGUACGGUCACCCUAGCGAUAUGUGCCCUUACCUAACUAGAAUUUUACGGGCAAGGUCGUAAGAAAAUACGCGUCGGCAGACCCUCACAUAAACAACUGAAAAGAUACCUACAUUAAAUGUAAUAAGAGACAUAAAAAUAGUGUUGCACACUAUUAUGGCAGGCCAAGUAUUUUUUAUUGAAUGGAUCACCAAAUCUCCGUAAACAAAGGCGUGAACGUUCUACCAAACGUCCAGUUAUAGGACAACAGAUACACACUCCUUGGUCACGGAGCCAUUCGAGAACGUCCCAACCCCUGGAAAAUCCCUUUCCUCCUAGAUGUUGUUUCAACUUGCCGAUAAGAUGGAGAUCGCCUGCUGCAAGAUGUGGACAGUACGUCGGAUUAGCAGCACCCACGUAUGUUGUUCCGGAUGAUGUCGAAACAGCAUUUCCUUCAUGUACCACUAGAAGUUCAAGGUCAAUCUAUGUGUAGAUUAAACGUUUUGCCCACAAGACUCGUCCUGUCUCGCGUACUUUAAUCUGCCGUGCCAUUUCACCUCCACUCUGUGACGCACCUGUUAGCCGUACCAUAGCAUAAUUGUGUCUGCAGGAAAGCUUGUACGUGUACUCUUUUUCUGACAAUGAGCCACACUUAUUGCGCAGUGAUCUCUGUGUGGAACGACACGAGUACACUAUUCUUUGGAUUCCUAACGUAGCUUGUUAUUUAUAAAGUUCCUUGCCAUUUUGGAAACUCUUAGUUUUCAUGCGAACUUUAGUCUCCAAGAAUCAGCUGUGAAAUUUGAAAACAGGUAUGUGCAAACAUAUAAACAUUUUGCUGAAAUUUGUUUCGGGAGAGGGAUUAUGACGGCAAUGGACCCCCCCCCCCCCCUAAAUUCCCAAACUGGAUCCGCAUCUACCUUCGUUAUUCUGUGUAAAACAAACCAGACAAAUGACCUCAUCAAGAUAUCAAAAUGUGCAAAAUCGUUUCUCAUGGCAAUAAACUUAUUCUCAUUUGAUUAUCAUUACAAGCUGGAUUUUUCAUCUGCAGACUGAAAAUGUCAGUGGGCUUGUGUAAUGAGUAGUAUAAUACCGCGAAAAAAUAAGACAACCUGUGUACAGUUAUUGGAGUAAGCUUUGUACAGACAUGUUUGAAACUCUUGGUACAUGUUGCUUAUCGCAGAGUGCCAAUCUCUUAAACUUCCGGUAGUUCGAAUAAAAGAAAAGAAACAUUAUCAUUUCAAUCUCUUUAACAUUUCGCGUGAUGUCCACGAUGAACCGAUCAUGAAUAUUUCUGUUUCCAGUUUAGUCAAGAUGAACUGGCAUACAAUGGUUGUGCUUUGACACGCCCAUCUAAUUAAAGAGAUAAAAGGCAGACUCUUUCAGGUAGUACAUUAAAUAGAUAUUUUAUUUUCAAAUUUAUGAAUCCCAAGUCUAUCCCAUAAGUAAUAUUACUACAGAGAUGCACAGUCUCAGGUAAGAAUGUGGGACGUCAUGUUUUAAAUCCUUGUUAAGCUAUAAUUUAAUAAUCGCAAGUGUUAAAAGCAGUUUAAUUCAAAAAUAAGUUCAUUUUGUAACUGAGUACUGUACUCUGUCCCUACCUUUAAAUGUUGAUUAAAUCAAAAAUGAAAUGGAAUAACGACGGAGAGACAGAGUAUAAACAGCAAACAAUGGAAAAGACUCGCAUCAAGUGUGUACACAAAACUGCGACGAAUAAUUUUAAUCGUAUUAUUUUUUCAUAAUGCAGAACGAAGUUAAUCUCAAUUUCCUUAUGUUUGAUGUGCCUUUGCUACCGGACUAAUAAACGGAAUACUGUAUGCUUAAAAAAUAAAGAGUUUCGCGUUAUUAUCUUAAUUAAAAUCGGUUAUUUGCCAUCUGUUUUUUCAAAAAAAGCACUUAUCCCUCACAUAUCCGAACUGCAUCUCUUGAAACCUUGACAAGCACUCUUAGCGCUAUUAUGCUUAUUAAUUAACACAUACCUAAAGAAUUCCGUCAUUUCCAUGGUAUCAGUUAUAAACCAUUUUCCGUUGUAUUUCUUCUGAAAGUACCGGUAUCUAAUAGUUUGGUGACCAAAAAACGAAUGAAAGAAAAAGAAUGAGCAAUCUGAAUAUCGCUUAAAUAUCUACGUUUAUGGUUGAAUGAAUUAUCCUCAAGAAUAAUGUAUUCUUCAAACACAUGAUUUAUAUGAAAAGCAUUAAGGAAGUCAAUAACAGCAAGAAAAUGUAAUUCACUCUGGAAUUUUUUGUUACGAAACAAUAAAUGUGCUAAGAGAUUACGUAGGUAAUGUUGGAUUUCCGUGGUACAGUAUUAUUUCACAUUCAUUUCUUGAGUCGAUACGUACGUAUGGACAUAGUUUUCUCUAUUGUGUUAAGUAUAUGUUGACCAGCGUGUGCAGUACAGCUACUCUAAAUACAACGAACAAAUAAAAUCUGUUGGCAGACUUAAACUAACCUCAUUUCCACAUUAUAAAGUGACUGUUCACAAUAAAGAUAGUAAUGAUGGUUUAGACAGUUCUAUGAACUUGUCAUUUCAAUUAAUGUGUAAUAGUAAACAGAACUUGGUUCUGUCGAAACUGAACAUGUAGGUGAGCGUGUUACUGGACUGUCCAUAAUCGGAACGACUGUCAGUUCAUUUGCAGUGUGCAGCAUGAACUGAAGAUGGUUUCCUUUAACACAGGAUUCAGUACUGGUUUCCUAUGAUAUUGUUAAACAUGUUCGUUUCUGUUUAGUGGACACGUGACAACUGGUCUCGCUUAUGGAAUAUGUGUCGACUGCUUUUAGUAUAUAAACGAAAACUUAUUACACCUGAGUGGACAUUUGUAUAAAACGAACUGUAUUAAUCAGAAACAGAACUUCUUUAACCUUCCGCAUGGACUUCUGCAGUUGUGUAAAACUGCUACAACAAUGAGUGAAUGGUGAAAAUUAAAUAUGGCAAACCACGUCUCAUACUGAUUUCUACAAUAUCUACGAUGUGAAAUGGCUGUUAUGUAAAGAGAAUAACCUGUAUGAAUUAAUGUAUAGUUAUAGUUUAAUACAGAGUUUUAGAUAUACUGAUCAGUACUGCAGAAAGAAUUGAUGAUAUUUGUAUGAACAGUAAUCCUUUAUGUAAAACGUAUAUUCUAUUUGAAAAUAAAAAUACA